GAUGUUUCCACGUUCAGUUCCGUAGUGCACCUGCGUGAAAGAGGAUUCUCAGACACCAAAAUGGCUGCCACACACCUCGACGUUGGUCUACGUUGCAUCAAGUAUCUGCUUUGCGCGGUUAACUCCCUCUUUGUGUUAACGGGAGUAAUGAUAAUAUCUGUAGGAACAACAAUUUAUGCUGUUUAUGAAGAUUUCUCUCAUUUUCUGGAUCCCAGCUAUUUUUCUCCAGCAACUCUUUUAAUUGUUGUUGGAAUAUUCGUUUUUAUAAUAGCUUUUCUAGGAUGUUGUGGAGCUCUUAGAGAAAGUACUUGCAUGGUUCUUGUGUUUGCAGUAUCACUUUCGUUCGUUCUCGUAUUAGAAUUAGCAGCUGCAAUUGCAGCUUAUGCUCUUCAAGAUGGAAUAAAGAAUCUUCUUGCCGAGAAAAUUAACAUUACUAUGCAUCAAUAUGAAAAGAAUGUAGAAGCUACAGAAGCUAUCGAUUUUCUACAAUCGAAACUUUAUUGUUGCGGAUACAAUGGAUAUAAAGAUUGGGAAGAAAUUAUGAAGGAACAAAAAUUUCCUCCAUCUUGUCAAUCAAAUAUUCCAUCAGAAAAUAAUACAUGUAUUUACGACGAUAAAGGAAUUUUAUGUUCUGAAUUUUAUACGACUGGAUGUAUACAAAAUCUUUCAAUCAUUAUUCAUAGGAGUGCACUUUAUAUCGGUACUGGAGCUGUAGCUAUUGCUCUUAUUCAGUUAACGGGAAUAAUGUUUGCCUGUAUGUUAGGCAAAGCAAUAAGAAGACAAAAAACAGAAAGGGAGAGACGUAAAUGGGAAUUAAGGGAAAGUUUAGUUAAUGGUUACCAACCAUUAGGAAAAUCAGAUCCUUUCACUACCUUUCCUGUUGUUUAUAUGUCUUCUGAUCCUGUGAAAAAUUUUUAGGAUUUUUUAUUAAUUCUUAUUGAAAUAAUUUUAUUUAAAGUAAUACUUUUCAAUUUCUUAAAACUUUAAAAAUAUUUUUAUUUUGUACAAAAAUUGUUUUUC